AUGGCUGAAAUCACCAAGAAUAGUGAUGUCGGUGUUAAGGUGAUCCUGGGAGCCAUGACCAUCGGAAAACCAGGUGUGGAAAUGACUCGCGUUCAUACCCUAGAAGAGACAAAGACUAUGCUCGACACAUUCCAAAAGUACGGGCACGACACCAUCGACACAGCUCGUGUUUACGGCGAAGGUUCAUCGGAGGAGUACCUCGGGGCUCUGGACUGCCCAAGCCGCGGGAUCAAACUUGAUACAAAGCUCUACCCAACCGCUAUCCGGCCUGCGUUGUCUGCUGAGCACUACCACCACUCCCCUGAAGAUCUUCGAAAGGGUCUACUCCGCAGCCUGAAGGCGCUGAACACCAACAAGCUCACGACUUGGUAUCUCCACGGCCCCGAUCGAACAGUCCCCUUUGAAGACACCCUCCGCGAAGUGAACAAGCUCCACAAAGAGGGUCUAUUUGAGCGAUACGGAAUCAGCAACUACCAGUCAUGGGAAGUGGCACGGAUCUGUGAGCUCUGCACACAAAACGGAUGGGUCAAACCCUCAAUCUACCAGGGGUUGUACAAUGCGCUACACCGUGUGGUGGAGAACGAGCUGUUCCCAUGCCUGCGCCACUAUGGUAUCUCUUUCUAUUGCUUCAACCCACUUGCUGGUGGACUUCUGACGAGCCGUUAUACGCGCGAUAUGACCGAGUUCGAAGAGGGUUCCCGCUUUGAUCCCAAGCGUAUGCAGGGUCAACUGAGUCAAGGUCGUUACUUUAAUAAGGGGUUCUUUGAUGCUUUGGAGAUUCUUCGACCCAUUGUAGCCAAGCAUGGCCUUAGCGAGACAGAGUGUGCCCUUCGCUGGCUUUCUCACCAUUCUGUGUUGAAGGGCGAGAUUGGCGAUGGUAUCAUCAUUGGCGCUAGCAACCUAAAGCACCUGGAGCAGAAUCUGGAGGCUCUCAAGGAUGGUCCACUCCCCGAAGAGGUUGUUGAAGCAAUCAAUGAGGGCUGGAGAGUUGUUCGGGGCAAAGAGCUCAUUUAUUGGCACUGA